AACAAAACAAAAAACGAACAUUAUAGGGAAAAAAAUCUGAAGAAAAUGAUGAAACUCCUCUUGGUGGUGGCAAUAUCUUUUGCCCUUCUCUUUAGCCUCACUGAUUUUUCCGGUGAGAGACCAAAACAUGGAGAUUCCAUGUUGACAGUCCAAUUCCCUGAUUUCCGUCUGAUUCCGACCACCGGAGCUUUGGGACCGGAGAGUUUUGUCUUCGAUUUUUCCGGUGAUGGUCCUUACACCGGUUUAUCUGACGGUCGAAUUGUUAAGUGGCUAGCUAAUGAUAGCCGUUGGAUCGAUUUCGCCGUCACCACCUCCACAAGAGAAGGUUGUGAGGGCCCGCACGAGCACCAACGAACAGAACACGUGUGUGGACGACCAUUGGGCCUUGCCUUUGACAAAUCCACUGGUGACCUUUAUAUAGCCGAUGCUUAUAUGGGCCUUCUUAAAGUUGGCCCAACAGGUGGUGUAGCCAAUCAAGUUUUGCCACGUGAGCUGAAUGAGGCCCUUCGAUUCACCAAUUCAUUGGAUAUCGAUCCACGAACCGGAGUUAUCUACUUUACCGACAGUAGUUCGGUUUAUCAGCGGAGGAACUAUAUAGGGGCGAUGAUGAGUGGGGACAAAACCGGUAGACUGAUGAAGUACGACCCAAAUACGAAACAAGUGACCACUCUUUUAAGCAACCUAGCGUUCCCAAACGGCGUCAUUUUAAGCCAAAACGGUGAUUACCUUCUCGUCGUCGAGACCGCCACGUGUCGAAUUCUACGUUACUGGCUCAGCGCCACGUCGACGACGUGUAAAUCUCGCGAGAACUACGAGAUUUUCGCGGAGGGGCUCCCUGGGUUUCCUGACAACAUAAAGAGAAGUCCACGUGGCGGAUUCUGGGUAGGCUUGAACACGAAACACUCAAAGCUGACAAAGUUCGCUAUGUCGAACGCGUGGCUUGGACGCGCCGCUUUAGGCCUGCCGGUGGACUGGAUGAAGGUCCAUUCGGUUUGGGCCAAGUACAACGGGAACGGCAUGGCCGUGAGGUUGAGCGAGGAUAGUGGCGUAAUUUCGGAGGUCUUCGAGGGUCAAAAAGGACAUAAGUGGAUAUCUAUAAGUGAGGUUGAAGAAAGAGAUGGAACUCUUUGGGUUGGAUCGGUAAAUACUCCUUUCGCUGGCAUGUAUAAAAUCUAAAAUUGAUUAAUACAGAUAUGCUUUUCCA